AUGGCAGUUCCCUUUCUUUCCUCAUGCCUGGUGUUGUCCACGGUCUGGCUCUCUAGCCUCGUUACUGCACAACACCUACCUCACGAAAAGGGCUGUGUUCAUCUGCCCAUCGUACAUUCGACAAAUGCCAGACUCUUCGGCAAGCGAGGCGUUCAGCUUCAGCUUGCCAACCGGUCUGAUGUAGCCUAUUAUGCUCAACUCAGCAUAGGAACACCUCCUCAGCCGGUAUUCGUGCAGCUGGACACAGGGUCUUUCGAGCUAUGGGUGAAUCCCGACUGCACCACAGUAGAAGGGGCAGAUGCCGUCUUUUGUGAACGAGUUGGCCAAUAUGACGCAUCGAAAUCUUCCACAGCAGUUUCACUGGGCACGUCGAGAACUCUCCGAUAUGGUAUUGGGACGGCAAACAUUACAUACGUUACCGACACAAUCACGCUUGCUGGGACCGGAACGACGCUGCAGGGAGUCCAGUUUGGCGUUGCGACUGCCACCGAGGAUGCUUUCUCUGGUAUUCUUGGGAUUGGCUAUGGGAAAGGCAUAGCUACCAGAUAUCUUAACUUUGUCGAUCAGCUCAAAGAGCAGAACGCAACAAAAGUUAAAGCAUUCUCUCUCUCAUUGGGGAGUAAGGAUGCCCAGGAAGGAGUGGUUGUCUUUGGGGGUGUUGAUACGUCCAAGUUUGCCGGACACUUGACACAAGUUCCUAUCAUCCCUGCCUCGCAAUCACCCGACGGCGUCCCCAGGUUCUGGGUCAGUAUGCGGUCUCUGGCCAUGACUCCUCCUAGCGGGAUUAGCAAGCACUAUUCUGGAAGCGAAAUGCCGGUUUUUCUCGACAGCGGCUCGACAAUGACUCUUCUUCCCCCGAAUCUCACCGAGGCAAUUGCUAGGGACUUUGGAAGCAAAUCAGAGGAUGCCUAUGGAUUUCAUCAAAUUGACUGCUCCUUAACCAAGCUAAAUGGCACUCUGGACUUCUAUUUUGACGGUGUGAUGAUUAAGGUUCCUUACAAGGAACUGACGCGGGAGGUGCCAACCAAUCCUCCGGCAUGCUUUUUGGGGAUCAUGGCAAGUGAUCAGUUCACGCUGCUAGGGGAUACUUUUCUGAGGUCUGCAUAUGCUCUCUUCGAUCUUGAAACCGAUUCAAUAUGGAUGACCCAAGCAGCCAACUGCGGAUCUACUCCAGCAGCCCUCAAUAGCGUGGAGGAUAUCCAGAGAAUAACGGGCCUUUGUGAUCUUUCAGUGCCGGCGGACAACACCACAAGCAGCACGGAAGCUUUUACUCCCAUGACAGAGGUGGAUCAAGUCAGCAUGACAACGGUAACAAGCGUGACUCCCAUCCAUACUUCCACCACAGCCACAAGUCCAACUGAAGAGGUGAGCAUACAGAGUAGUGCGACCUCUAUUUCUGGAGCGAACAAGCUUGGCAGGGGUAACAUGGAAGGUAUCCUCUUCUGGGGACCUGGUGUUGUUAUUGCACUGCAUGUGUUGAUAGGGGUAUGA